ACAGUACGCAGCAGGGCUCAGGGACAGGCAUCAACUGAGGUUUCUCUCUCUCCCAACUUUCCACAGUGGAAGCAACAUCUAUGGUCCAUCGCAUCAGCUUUUUGAACAACACAAGCAGAAACGCAUAGAGAGAGAUGGAAACGGGGAAGGUGGUAGUGGAAAGAAUUGGAGGGAAGUCAACGAUCACCCGAUACUACUCCAAAUAUCCUCUCAAAUUCAUUAUCCCAACAAAGGUGGGUAGCUCCCAAACUGAUGUUGUUUGGAUUUACUCUCUCACCUAUGGUGGUGGCAUUGUCUCCAUAUAUUCAAUCUCAAGUGAUUUAACAAUUGGAGAUGGUGGCACCACUGUUUUGACCACCCAGGCUUCCACGAAUGUCUACAAGUCUCUGCAAUCUAAGUUCUGUGAACAAGUAUUGGAGGUAUCCAUUCCUUAAUCGACAAACCAUGGUUUCCUGAGUUCGUUAUGUUUGGUAUCAGUUACGUUGGUUGUUUGCUUUAAUCUUAGGUGUGGUAUUGGAAAAAGAAAGGGACAAAAAUUGUAGUGUUAUCAUUUGCUUUUUACUAUAUGAUUUAGUAAGCAAGAAGAACGAGAAAAGUAAACAGUUGUUCUUGGGGGUUUAAGUUCUCAAAUGGAAAACGGUUUCUUCUUAGUACCAUCCUCCUUAUUUAUGGUUUUAUGCGUUUUAUAGCUUUGGCACGUAUGAUAGAUUAUACCAUGUUAUAGAGUUGGGUACUUGGUGGUUUAGCUAUUGAAAACGCAUAGGCAACUCUUUUAGCAUCGUAUGAAACUUCCGAUGAUCCGUUCACUUCUAGAAUUCUUGAGACAAAUAGUUAUUGAAUCAUUUAAGUAGUCCAUGCUAUAUAUUUUUACAUCAUGCCUUAACGGUUAAAGUAGGGAGACAUGCUUGUAACUCUAUUUUCUAGAUGUAACUCAACUUGCGAGGAAUUGGUUUUUUUGUUUUGGGAAACAAGAUGAAGUUUAUUGGAUACAAUGCGCAACCAUUGAAGGAGAUCUUCCAUCCUCUUCUCUCUCUCUCUCUCUCUCUGAAGUUAUGAAACAAAUACUUGCUACUAAAAACGGCUAAUUUAUGCCAUAGGCAAGAAUUGGAAGUAGUGCUCUCUUGGCUGUGAUUCCAGAUCCGGUGACGUGUUUCUCCACUGCAAAGUACUCCCAAAAGCAAAGCAAGUCUUCAGGGUGUCAGCAGACUCAAACAUGCUUAUUGUUGAUUGGAUCACUAGUGGCCGUCAUGAGAGCGGAGAAAAAUGGGAUUUUGAGCUCUACAAAAGCACCAACCACAUCUUCUUAGAAGGUGCUCAACCUUUGUUUCUUGAUGCGGUAAUAUUCCUCUUUCAGAUGCUUUUACAUUGUUGUGUACUGAAUAUGGCUGACUUCCAGUGCUCAUUACUAGCUCAUUACUAGCAAUACAGAUACUUAUCCCAAAAAAAUAAAAAAUAAAAAUUAACAGCAAUACAGAUAAGGAGGUUGUUUUAAUCAUGGAACCUUUGGUAGUCGUUCGUUUCUUUUCUUUUCUUUUUAGUGUGUUGUUCACUCGUAUUGUCACGCCCUCAAUUUUUAACAUAAUUAAGUAAUACAUUUCAAUAAAGAGUUUCGCUUAUCAUAGAUAUAUUACCCCAAAGAAGUUCCCACCUGUUCAAAUUACAAAAUAAGUUCCCAAGAUUAAAGUUAUGCAACUUAGGCACUCCGGCCCCAAAUAAAACUUAAGUACUUGUACGAACUAACCUUUAAGUUACAAACAGUUUAGUCAAAAGGAAUUUCUAAAAUGAAUAGUUACAAACUCAUCUUUCCCAAAAGAAAGUCAAUUACAAAAGAUGAUUAAGUAACUACAUGAGAUUGGCUUCCAAAAGUUGUUCACUUCAAGCACUCAACAUAUGCAAUCUACUGUCGAGCGUUUGAACUUGAAAAGAAAGAUUAGAUUGAGCUACACUAACCCAGUAGAAAAAUCUUUACCGAUUCCAUAAGUAAAUAUGAUGAAAUGAGCAGGUGAAGUGAAGACAAGAGAUACAACUCAAUCGACGGAAAACAACUAGUUUAAGGGUAUUCUCCAACGUUCAAUGUAAUCACUCUAACACAUGCCAAAAGUACAAUGUGCCGUCGAAUUUCCACGGUGUCAACAACUCAAGUAAACUCAACAUGACUCGCUAUCGUCAAUCUCCCUUCAUCGGUAUUUCCACCCCUUGUGUUACCGUAUAACACCACGAGGAUUACCACCUCUUGCGUCACAGUGAUCCCUAACGACACGAGUCAUCGUAUUACCACCCCUUGCGUUACGAGACCGCCUAAGUCUUCGUAUUACCACCCCUUGCGUUACGAGACUUCCUAAAUCAACUUCCAACACAAACAACUAUCUCCUUACUCGAUAUACAAGCUAUGACCUUCCAAGAUCACAAUCAUACAUGAAAUAUGUUACGACAUGCCAACUAUGUCACAAAUAUACCACAAACGUUCAUAAAUAAUCAAUCAAUCACAAAUUGCAUCUUAUUGACAUUUAUUCAAGUAAACUAUCAUUUAAUCCUUAUUAACGAAGGGUCAAUGGGUCAAGAAUAACAUCCACUAGUCAUAAGAAGUCAAGACGAUAGAACGAGGGUCUUGGGGGUAGCCAACGGAUGUUGGUAGACCGACAUACCCCCACUAUAAUGGUCAUAACUUUCUGUGUACUCAUAGAGUAUUAAGGUGAUUUUGGUGGCAAUGAAAAGCUAACUUCAAGACCUUCGAAUCGAUACCAAGUUUGCAUGAAUUGGACGUCGGACGAGAAAGUUAUGGCCGUUUGAAGUUGGGCUAAAAACCAGAAGACGAGCAGAAUGUCCAGAGAGGGAAGGGGUAUCGAUACCCCUUGUUUAUCGAUACCUGGCUGAAAUUUUCCAGAAAAGGAAGGGGUAUCGAUACUCCAUGUUUUGGUAUCGAUACCACGCAGUUCGGAGGCGAUUUUCUACAGUUUUGACAGACUUUCAAAGCAACGAAGGGGGACGAUCCAAGCACGACCCAUGCAUCAAAACAACAUACAUACACAUAGAAGAGGUAAAUAUGUCCCUACCUCGCGACGAUAACCAAGAUCUACGAGUUUUGAACAAGCCCUAGCUUUCUUGAACUUCAAAUCUUCGAUUCGAGCCCGACCCAAGGAUUUCCAAGCUCAAGGAUGCGAAUGGAGGGUCAAAUGAAGUUGAUUCUUGAAGGUUUUGAGGUAUUUGAGUGAGGUUUUGUGUGAGGAGAGGAGAGAGAGGUAGCCCGGUGGGGAGGGGGAGAGAGAGACAGAUGAGAGAGAGUGGAGGGGAGAAAAUAAUCUCCUACACACUAUACACUACUAUAUAUACUCAUAUAUUCUUAAAUCACACACUCACUCCCUCAAUUCUCUAUUCUUUUCACUUCAAUCCCCAAAUCAAAUAAUCACCCAAUAAACCACUUUUUCUCAUUUAGACAUUUAUUAAUCAUUUUCAAUAAUUAAAGAAAAUACGGGUCUCUACACGUAUCGUCCUACUA